AUGGCAUCCUCAAAGUCAAUGGUCUUUGGCUUAACAUGGAUGCUCAUGAUAAUGAUGAUGAUAAUGCAUGGAUGUAGAAGCUGCACUGAAAGUGAAAGGCAGGGCUUGUUUGAGCUCAAGGCCUAUUUUCUCUCCUUCAGUGAUGAUCUUCGCCCUGACAUUCUUCGAGGAUGGAGGAAGACUAGUAAUCGCUCGUGUUGCAGUUGGAGAAGAAUCAAAUGCGACCUCAACAACAAACGAGUGAUCGGACUCUCCCUUGGAUCUUUAUAUCCUUCAGGUUAUAAUUCCGAUACUCUUCCUCUACUGAACCUAACCUUGUUGUAUCCUUUUGAAGAGCUUCAGAGUCUUAACUUGUCGCUGAGUUACUUGGGAGGCUGGUUCGACGAAAGAAAAGGUUAUAAGAGCCUUGGAAGAUUCAGAUAUCUUGAGAUCGUGGAUCUCAGUUACAAUUAUUUCAACAACAGUGUCUUUCCGUUCUUGAAUGAGGUUGCAUCGCUCAAGAAGUUGAUUCUUGGUGGCAACUAUCUUGAGGGUGGCUUUCCUGUGAAUGAACUGAUUAAUCUGAGAAAUUUGGAAGUACUAGAUCUAAAGCUCAACAAUAUCAGCGGCCAUUUACCAGGACAAGAGCUCACUAAUCUGCGAAAGCUCAAAGCUUUGGAUCUAAGAAUUUGCAUAUUAGAGCAGUUGCAAGAGCUUCGUCUUAGUCAAAACAGAUUUGCGGGUGAAAUCCCUCUCUGUUUUUCGAGCUUCUCCAAACUCCGAGUUCUUGAUCUUUCAUCGAAUCACCUAAGUGGGAAGCUUCCAUCUUUCAUCAGUAACUUCAAAUCCAUGGAGUACUUAUCGCUACAAGAUAACAACUUCGAAGGCUUGUUCUCCUUGGAUUUGAUCUCUGAAUUGACAGAGCUCAAGGUUCUCAAACUCUCUUCCAGGUCAAGUAAGCUGAGAGUAGUAGAGACUAACGUUUCUUCCACUGGCCUGAAAUCGCAGCUAAGGAGCCUCACAUUGUCAAACUGCAACCUGGUGAAAAUCCCCGAUUUACUCCGGUAUCAGAAGGAAAUACGGUUAAUAGAUUUAUCCAGCAAUACGCUAACCGGAGUGUUUCCAACUUGGCUGAUGGAGAAUAACACAGAGCUUCAGGUUCUGCUUUUGCAGAACAACUCAUUCAACACACUCACACUUCCAAGACUCCACACGUUGCAAUUCCUCGAUCUUUCAGAUAACAACUUCAACGAUCAACUCUCUAACGAUGUCGGUUUGAUACUUCCGAAGUUGAGGCAUUUGAAUCUCUCAAACAACGCGUUUCAAGGGAACAUGCCUUCCUCUGUCUCCAUGAUGGUUGAUAUUGAGUUUAUGGACCUAUCAUACAACAACUUCUCAGGGAGAUUACCAAGAAACCUCUUCACUGGUUGCUACUCACUGAAAUGGCUUAAGCUCUCUCACAACAGAUUCAGCGGUCCAAUUAUUCGGAAAUCGAGUGAAGAAACUUCGCUGAUGACUUUGAUCAUGGACAAUAACAUGCUUUCAGGGAAGAUCACAGACAAUCUACGCAACUUGAGGCUCUUGACAGUGAUAGACUUAUCCAACAACUUCCUCACUGGUACGAUUCCAAGAUGGUUAGGAAACUUCUUCCUAGACAUCCUGAGGAUCUCAAAUAACCGUCUACAGGGCGAAAUCCCACCUUCUCUGUUCAACAUUCCGUACCUCUGGCUCUUGGACCUCUCCGGAAACUUCUUAUCCGGUAGCUUACCUCGCCGCUCCGACUCGGAUUACGGUUAUAUACUGGACUUACACAACAACAAUCUCACAGGUUCUGUUCCAGACACGUUGUGGAAAGGUUUGGUUUUGCUUGAUCUGAGAAACAACCGACUGUCUGGGAACAUCCCCCGGUUCAGGAGCACACCGAGCAUCGAUGUUGUUCUUUUGAGAGGGAAUGACUUGUCGGGGAAGAUACCCGUCGAGGUUUGCGGUUUAAGCAACGUGAGAAUGUUGGACUUUGCUCACAACAGAUUGAAUGAGUCGAUACCUUCGUGUCUCAGUAAUCUAUCGUUUGGUUUGGGAGGAUAUGGUCUUGCUGAUCCAGGUUGGUACCCGGAGAACAUGUUCUCGAACUUUAUGGAUGUAUACACUGAAGUAUAUUACGAGUCCCUACUUGUGUCAGACCGGUUUGGUGUAGACUACUCGGUAGAUUUUAGAGUCCAAGUCGAGUUUGCUGUGAAACAGAGAUAUGACUCGUACAUGAGAGGAACUCUUGACCAGAUGUUUGGCCUUGAUCUAUCGAGCAACGAUUUAAGCGGUGAGAUCCCGGAAGAGCUAGGAGAUCUCAAGAGAGUACGUUCGUUGAACCUCUCGAGGAAUUCGUUGUCCGGUUCUAUACCGGGAAGCUUCUCCAACCUGAAAAGCAUAGAAAGCUUGGAUCUUUCUUACAACAAGUUACAUGGAACCAUUCCGUCUCAGCUCACAACGCUGCAGUCUCUUGUCGUCUUUAACGUCUCGUACAACAACCUCUCGGGUGUGAUUCCGCAAGGAAGACAGUUCAACACUUUUAGUGAGAAAAGUUACUUAGGUAAUCUCCUUCUAUGUGGAUCACCCACCAACAGAAGCUGUGGUACUACCAUCAGCUUAGGAGAAGAAGAUGGUGAUGAUGGUGAUGAAGAUGAAAGCCUCGAUAUGGUGGUGAUGUGGUGGAGUGUCGGUGCGACCUAUGUAAUGGUUUUGAUGGGUUUUUGUGUCUUUAUGUGCUUUGGUUCUCCGUGGCGCCGAUCAUGGUUGCGCCUUGUUGAUGCUUUUAUCGACCGUGUAAAAGAUGUACUCGGAAUUAUCUAA